CUGUCACUAAGCCACUUUAGCAACAGAGCGCGAGGUGAAGAUGUACAUACAAUUUCUCUCGAAAAUGUAAAUAAACAAAGAUAAUAUUCUGGUUUAUCGGAGAGAUAUGGACGGAUUAUGGAAUUAACUUUCAAAUGAAUCCAAAGGAUGAGUUAAUAAACGGAAAACGGAGUUAUUUUUUGGGAAGGAAAAGUCCCAGAUGCUGAGUGCCUACAGGAAGGUUCUGCUGUGUGAUGCUGCGUGAGUCAGAGCUUUCGCUCUGUGACAAGGUGUGAGCCACUGGACCUGAACCAAAAGGGCUAAAAGGCAUCCACAAAAAAAAAAAAACAAAAAAAAAACAAGAGAAGAGCGAACAAGUAGAACGAGAGCAGCAUGCAGGACCGAGCGUAGCCAAGCUAGGAGGCGAAUCCAUGCAGGACAAGAAGAAGCAGUACUCGGGAGGAUGUCGACAGAGGAAGAAACACAAGCAAGCAUCAAAUCCAGCGUGAGACGGGAGUCCAGGAAGAAAGGUCAGAACCGUAGUGAGCCGGCUCUGAUAAAGCGUUUCCGUGGCGAUGGGGUACGCUACAAAGCCAAGCUGAUUGGGAUUGACGACGUAUCUGCAGCACGUGGAGAUAAACUCUGCCAGGACUCCAUGAUGAAGCUGAAGGGUAUUGCUGCUUCAGCUCGAUCCAAAGGAGAACACAAGCAGCGUGUUUUUUUAACCGUCUCCUUCAAUGGAAUUAAGAUCUACGACGAGAGAUCCGGGGUUUUACAACAUCACCAUUCUGUGCAUGAAAUCUCCUACAUCGCCAAAGACACCAGAGACCACCGUGCCUUCGGCUACGUCUGCGGGAAAGAAGGAAAUCACAAGUUUGUGGCCAUCAAGACAGUCCAUUCAGCAGAGCCUUUGAUUCUGGAGCUACGUGACCUCUUUACACUUAUCUAUGACCUGAAGCAGAGGGAUGAAGGGGAGAAGAAGGCACAAAAAGUAAAGCACUGCGAGCAGGCUGUUUAUCAGACGAUCCUCGAGGAUGACACUGAUGACCCUGUGUAUCAGUACAUUGUGUUUGAAGCUGGACACGAGUCGCCCCAUGGCCACCAAUCAGAGGAGAGCGUUUACCAGGUCCCAACAAGCCAGCAGAAAGAAGGAGUCUAUGAUGUUCCAAAACGCCAUAUUAUGACUAACAUCAGUCAGUUUGAACUGUUCGGGGACAUGGCCACUCCUCCAGACAUUGUAUCUAUGCCUGCAUCUCCCGCUAAUACAUUGGACCCUGGGCGACGACGACAUCAGCGGCGCCCUGAGCUCUUCACACACUUUAGUCCCCCUGCCGUGCCUUCAGGCUACAUGACGAUGGGUGCGGUGCCUUCAGCUCACUGGGCUCAGCAGUCCUUCGCAGCGCCGGCAGCUCCACUGGCAUUUGGUGUUCAGGCUCCUCUGCAGGUUGCUCAGGUUCUACCUGGAGGGCAGCCAGUGAUCUGGGGCCAGGCCAACCUUUUCCACACUCCCGGACCAGGCCAGCAGCAGUGGGCCUUUGUACCAGCCGGGGCCUUAUUUCAAGGCCUUGUUCCCUUAGCUGCCAUGCGUCCUCGCAUGUCUACCCCGUCUGCACCAUCCUCGACCAUCACCAGUCCUCAGCAUGCAGCUGAAUCCAGAGACGCCUCAAGCAGUAACCCCUUGGCAGGGGCUUCAGGCUCACACUCACAGCCUGCUGACACCAUUGACCCACAUACAGUGAUGGGAGGAACCACACAGCCUGGUGAGAAGCCGGAAUCUGAGGUCUGUAGUGGAGAUCUUGAUCUUUCCCAGCUCAGUUUGACACCAGGGUCAUCGACUUCACCAUCCACUGUAGAGUCUCCUGCUACACCUGCUUCCCAAGAGGGCGAAAUGACCUUGACCUCAGAACCCUCUAAAGAGCUCUCUGUCAUGAGAACAGAAAAAAGUGAGAGCCAACUUAGAGAGCCUUCUCUCACAGAAGGAGCAGAGCAGAGCGUCAACCAAGAUGUGGGAGAGGAAUCGGUAAUUAGACCUUUAUUUGGGUUAUGUUUGUGCAGCACUUAA